AUGCAUGGCUCAAGUAAACCUCUUGACCGUAUCUCUACCAUGAGCUCCGGCCUUUGCUACGCCUCCUGGAUGGGACUCUGUCGAGCAGUCGAGCUCCAGUCGAAUUCCGUUCGGCGCAAGCAGAUCAGAAUCCACCUUUUGUCCGGCAAUUUCGAGUAUCAAAUACUAGUCGGCCUCGAAGGUUGGAUUAGAGAGCUCCUUGUUACGGACAAGGAUGCCUACAUUUCCCUGUUGCUAGCAGCAGGUAAUUGUGGCGGUGAGGGGAAAUCUUGGCUGCCGGAUGCUACGAGAAGCUUACUCGAGCCGUACAGUACAGAGGCGAGGAAAAUGGGCCGUACAAUUGCACGAGGGAAAAGAUAGAGGUCAUCCUCAAAUGAAAUUCUGCUGCAGCCGAUUGUCGUUCUCUCCAUUCCCGUCUAGAGGGAAUUUCGGCGAGAAGUAGAAGCACCAGGAGAAGGAGCUGUACAGACUCCAACAUCUGUUCCUUCGCUGCAUUGCUAGAGGAGUGCUGGGCUUUCUCCUAAACCCUCCACAUUCAGCGGUGGAGGACAUGCCGCCGGGUUAGCGGAGGCAGCGCUAUGGCUGAAUGUUGGCCAUA